AUGCAAUUGAGCGCGUUCGACGGGGACAAGACGCGAAAGACGCGCGCGACGGCGGAGGAGAUGGCGCGCGAGGCGGAACAGAUGGAAGAAUUGUCGGUGUUUCGAGCGGUGAGCGGGCUGGUGGCGGCGGCGGCGGGCGGGGGGCUGGUGUUCGCGCUCGGCGCGGGGGCGGUGGCGGGCGUCGCGAGCGGGUUGGCGAGCGCGCUCGGAAUGGUGCGGGAUGGGAAGGCUCAGAGAGAGCGGGAGAGGGAUCGAGAGACGCUGAGGUAUGAAUUAUCGAUGGCGUCGGGAUGGGGGAGGCAGGCGAGGCGACGAAGGGCGGAUAUUCAAGCGAAAUUGGACGCGCUGGGCGACUGA